AUGGCUUCCGUGCACUUGUCUGUGAACAAUGGGGAGGAUAAUGACGAUCCAAGCGCAGGUGGCGAUAUCCGGGAGGUGAACAGUCAUGUCUCCAAGCCCACGAAACGACAAAGAUGGGCGACCACACGAGCCCCCGGAGCUGGAGGUGUCAAAAAACGCGUCUCUAUAGUUGAUCGCUUCCACAAGCGAGAUGGGAGAGAUGAAAAGCGCAAAUCUACGAAUACAACCGCUUCGACUAAUAAUGGAUCAAAUGACGGACAUGAACCCUCAGCAGGACCCAAUCGGAGAAUCUAUUUCAGUAUUCCGAUCCCGGAAUCCGAACGAGACGAGGAUGGUCAUUUGCGAGCGACCUAUCCGAGAAACAAAAUUCGCACCUCCAAAUAUACCGCGCUCACAUUUGUGCCCUACAACAUUUGGCUGCAAUUCCACAACAUUGCGAACAUCUAUUUCUUGUUCGUUAUCAUUCUCAACUGCUUCCCGAUUUUCGGUGCCAAUAAUCCCGGUCUGAAUGCCGUUCCUCUAAUUGUCAUUAUCGUCGUGACUGCAAUCAAAGAUGCUAUUGAGGAUUGGGGCCGAACGGUGUCUGAUAAUCAAGUGAACAACGCUCCGGUCUACAGGCUAGUGGAAUGGAACAAUGUCAAUUCGACAGAAGAGAACAUUAGUCUAUGGCGUCGUGUCAAAAAGGCUUGUACCCGGGGCUCCAUUGUAACAUACAGAUGGAUGGCUUCGCAGUUCAAGAAAAAGGAGGAAGAUGCAAAUGGUGACAAAGCGCAAAGACGCGAGUCAUUCAUGAGUACAGCGGAUCCCCGGGCAUCGAUCUAUACGCAGCGUAACUCUAUCGCUCCAGAAGAUACUGCAAUUCCCAUGACCGAUGUUCCAUCGCCCCAACCUGAAGCCCGCGAAGAUUGGCCGAUGAUGAACAAACAAGAAAACAAGUUCUUGUCCCCAAACAGUGCCGCUCGAGAGAGCGUCAUGGAGUCGACACCGGAGAAGAAAUAUGGCACUGUCUUGGAUACGUCCAAGCAGACACCCGGCAAGGCCCGAUUCAAGCGCGAGACAUGGAAAAGUCUGCAAGUUGGCGACUUUGUGCGUUUGUACAACGAAGAUCCGAUUCCAGCCGAUAUUGUGAUUCUUUCCACCUCGGACCCGGAUGGCGCUUGUUAUAUCGAAACCAAGGGCCUGGAUGGAGAGACCAACUUGAAGGUUCGCCAAGCUCUCCACUGUGGCCGCCAAGUUCGCCACGCUAGAGACUGCGAAAAGGCCGAGUUUGUGAUUGAGAGCGAGGCACCGCAUGCCAACCUGUACACCUACAACGGUGCGAUGCGUUGGGACCAGCGUGACCCACGUUUCCCCGAAGCUCCGCGGAAGGAGAUGGUUGAACCCAUCUCUAUCAACAAUAUUUUGCUCCGUGGUUGCAACCUGAAGAGUACCGAAUGGGUGUUGGGUGUUGUUCUUUUCACCGGCGGAGAGAGCAAGAUCAUGCUCAACUCCGGUGCCACUCCGGCUAAACGACCUCGCAUGGCCAAGGAUUUGAACUGGAACGUCAUUUACAACUUCUUCAUCCUGUUCAUUAUGUGUCUCAUCGCGGGUAUCGUAAACGGAGUCGCAUGGGCCGCAUCAGACAAAUCUCUAAAUUACUUCGACCUCGAGUCCUAUGGAGACACACCGCCUGUGACUGGUAUUGUCACUUUCUGGACAGCCCUCAUUUUGUUCCAGAAUUUGGUUCCCAUUUCGCUGUACAUUUCUCUUGAAAUUGUUCGGACUAUCCAAGCGGUUUUCAUCCACAGCGAUUUGUAUAUGUACUACGAGAGAUUGGGGCUCUAUUGUGUCCCCAAAUCCUGGAACAUUUCAGACGAUGUCGGUCAAGUCGAAUAUAUCUUUUCUGACAAGACUGGUACAUUGACCCAGAAUGUCAUGGAAUUUAAGAAGUGCACGGUCAAUGGCGUCUCAUAUGGAGAAGCUUACACAGAAGCUCAAAUCGGAAUGAGACGUCGCGAGGGAGCCGACGCUGACGCGGAAGCUGCAGUCGCUCGGCAACAAAUUGCUGCUGAUGGACAGCUAAUGCUGCGCAUGCUGCGUGAUAUUCACGACAAUCCCUACUUGCACGAUGACCAGCUGACAUUCAUUGCUUCUCCCUUUGUCGCCGACCUAGGUGGACAAUCCGGAGAGCUACAGCAACACUGCGCAGAGGACUUCAUGCUGGCUCUAGCCCUAUGUCACACCGUCAUUACUGAGCACACGCCUGGCGAUCCUCCUCAGAUCGAGUUCAAGGCCCAGUCUCCUGACGAGGCUGCGUUGGUAAGCACCGCUCGAGACUGUGGAUUCACUGUUCUGGGUAGAGCAGGUGAUGAUCUUCUCCUGAAUGUGAUGGGCCAGGAACGCACAUACACGGUUUUGAACACCCUUGAAUUCAACUCGUCCAGAAAACGAAUGAGCGCCAUCAUCCGAAUGCCCGAUGGCACUAUUCGUCUGUUCUGUAAGGGUGCCGACAGUAUCAUUUACUCUCGCCUGGCCCGUGGCAAACAACAAGAGCUUCGUCGCCAAACCGCAGAGCAUUUGGAGGAAUUCGCCAGGGAAGGACUGCGGACCCUGUGUAUUGCCGACCGACUGCUCAGUGAGGAAGAAUACCAGUCGUGGGCCAGGGAACAUGACAUUGCCGCUGCUGCCGUCACGGACCGCGAGGAGAAGCUUGAAAAGGUUUCCAGCGAGAUCGAACAGGAACUGAUGCUCAUUGGUGGAACCGCCAUUGAGGACAGACUCCAGGAUGGCGUCCCCGAUACCAUUCAACUCCUUGCGGAUGCUGGUAUCAAACUCUGGGUUCUUACCGGUGACAAGGUUGAGACUGCCAUCAAUAUCGGUUUCUCGUGCAAUCUCCUGAAUAACACCAUGGAGCUUAUUGUAUUGAACAUUCCUGAAACCGAGCACCAGCAAGCCUCUGAUGAACUCGACAAGCAUUUGAAAACUUUUGGAUUGACUGGUUCUGAUGAGGAACUUCUUGCUGCCCGCGAAGACCAUUCACCACCUGAUGCUACACAUGCCGUGGUUGUUGACGGCGAGACGCUCAAAUUGAUGUUGUCCGACGAGUUGAAACAAAAAUUCCUCUUGCUGUGCAAGCAAUGCAAAGCAGUUCUUUGCUGCCGUGUAAGUCCUGCACAGAAGGCUGCUGUCGUCCGCAUGGUCAAGACCGGCCUCAACAUCAUGGCUCUUUCUGUCGGCGAUGGUGCAAAUGAUGUGGCUAUGAUCCAAGAGGCCGAUGUGGGCGUUGGUAUUGCUGGUGAGGAAGGUAGACAAGCUGUCAUGUCUUCCGAUUAUGCCAUUGGCCAGUUCCGAUACCUCCAGCGUCUUCUUUUGGUUCAUGGCAGAUGGUCCUACCGUCGUCUUGGAGAAUGCACGGCCAACUUCUUCUACAAGAAUCUUGUGUGGACGUUCGCCCUGUUCUGGUACUGUAUCUACAAUGACUUUGAUUGCUCCUAUCUAUUCGAUUACACCUACAUUGUGUUGGUCAACCUUGCGUUCACCUCGUUGCCCGUGAUCUUCAUGGGUAUCUUCGAUCAGGAUGUGGAGGAUAAAGUGUCCCUUGCUGUGCCUCAAUUAUACAUGAGAGGCAUCGAGCGCAAGGAAUGGUCGCAAACUAAGUUCUGGUUAUACAUGGCCGAUGGCGGGUACCAGUCAGUUGUCUGUUUCUUCAUGCCAUACCUCCUAUAUUCGCCAGCGAACUUCGUCAACGAGAGUGGCCGAAAUGUUAACGACCGUGCGCGUAUGGGUGUGCUUGUUGCAACCUGUGCCGUGAUUGCCAGCAACCUCUACAUUAUGAUGAAUACUUACCGGUGGGACUGGUUCACUUGCCUGAUCAACGCUAUCAGUAGUAUCCUGAUUUUCGUGUGGACCGGUAUUUACACCUCCUUCACUUCUUCCGGCCAAUUCUACCAUGCUGCGGCUGAAGUUUACGGAUCCUUGAGUUACUGGGUGGUUCUUCUGUUAACUGUCCUGAUUUGCUUGCUCCCGCGUUUCACGUAUAACUCCAUUCAAAAGGUGUUCUUCCCGCUUGAUGUCGAUAUCAUCCGCGAACAAGUGACUCAGGGCAAGUUCAAACAUCUGGAUGACAUAGAAGAUCCCCCGAUGCCCCCAAAGGAUGGUGCUCCGAAGACCGCAGAGCCUAGUACUGUGUCUGCAACUUCUUCGGAAAUUGUGAAGCCAAUACAGCCCGUCAUGAAGCAGGACACCGCUGUUCUUGAUGAAGAGCGGCCUUUCUAUGCUGCUUCUAUGGCCGCGACUUCGAACACCCACAACCCCCGCAGCCAAAACGGCAGCAAUGGCACCAACUAUACUGCUAGCCUUGACCAGUAUCCGCGACCACAGUCUGUCGACUAUGUUCGGCGAUCUCAUGAUCGGACACGGCACUCCUUUGAGCAGAGCAACGACUUCACUUCUGCUGCCAUGCUUUCCCGAGUGGAGUCGUCGCAAAAUCGUCAACACGAAAACCCGUUCCGGACUCCUGAUGAUCCUCCUGUACAUAUAUGA